UUUUCAUGAUCUGAAGCGGUUAAAGCCUUAAAGCCUAGUAGUGGUGGUGGUGGAAUUUUACCGUCCCACUCUCAUUGUCUUCUUCUGUUGAGCUUCACCGAACCAUCUUUGUUUCUUUCUGCUCAUCUUCUUCUUCACCACUUCGAUCACCGUUUAACUCAACUUGAUGGAUAGAGCUCAGAGGUGAACAUAUAUGCAUGCAGGUGCAGACUUAUAGAAGAAUUUGAAAAGAUGAACACCAGCAUCAGGGCCAAGCUGCAGCAUAAGAAACCUCCCAUCACGGUGUCACAUGAAAGGGCAGAGAUGCGGGAAAGCUCGCGAGGGAGAGCGAAUAGUUCAGUUAAGGGUGGAAAAACAUCGAGCAAAGACAGAAAACUGGCUUUACAGCAAGAUGUUGACAGGUUGAAGAAAAAGCUUAGACGUGAGGAGAACAUACACAGAGCAUUGGAGAGAGCUUUCAACAGACCUUUGGGAGCUCUGCCUCGUCUUCCUCCGUAUCUGCCUCCCUACACACUAGGACUUCUUGCUGAGGUGGCAGUACUGGAAGAAGAAAUUGUUAGGCUUGAAGAACAGGUUGUGCAUUUCAGGCAGGACUUGUACCAGGAAGCUGUGUACAUGUCAUCCUCUAGGAUGAAACUUGAGCAAUCAGCUGGUGUGAGCAAUGUAAGUCCGCAUAGUAGUCCCAAACAGGUUAAAGAGGAGUCCCUUUCCCAGACACUGGAUAAUGCUGCAAGAUCUGAAACCAGGCCUACAGCAACACUUCCAAAAGAUAGACAUGGAAAAGAGAACCAAACAUGUACUAAUUCUUCCAAGAGUAGCAAGCAGUCCAUAUGCAAAGGCCAGACUACAAAAUCGCCAUUUAAGAAACUCCCUGUCGACAAUAAAUCACCACAGAAACGUUGGGAUCCUCUAAAAAAGCAGCAAGAACUAAGGAUGAAAGACCAGCCAAUUGCAGAAAUGAGAAACCAUAGUCUACAUGACAAACCAAAAGGGGGGGAAAGUCCAAAUAUAAUCUCUGAAAAUAUUCUGAAGUGUUUAUCAAGCAUUCUCUUGAGAAUGAGUACUGUGAAGAAUUUGGAUUCUGCAGGUAAUGUACCACACUCCUGGACUCCAAAAUCUAGUAAAAACUGCGUUGAAGGAAGCGAGUUUUGGGAUCCUUAUGGUAUCUGCUUGGAAUUCGGAAAGAGGGAAAUUGGUCCAUACAAGCAAUUAUGUGCAAUUGAAGCCAAAUCAUUCGAUCCAAAACGAACUGCAAAAUCUUUGUUUUUACUGCACCGGUUGAAACUUCUUCUGAGAAAACUAGCCUGUGUCAACAUUGACAAUCUCAACCACCAGGAGAAGCUUGCAUUCUGGAUCAACAUCUAUAACUCAUGUAUGAUGAAUGCAUACAUAGAAAAUGGCAUACCAGAGAGUCCUGAAAUGGUGGUUGCGCUGAUGCAGAAGGCCACAAUAAAUGUGGGUGGACACUUGCUAAGUGCAACGACAAUAGAACAUGGCAUUUUAAGACUUCCUUAUCACUACAAAUUUCCAAAUCCUAAACAGACAACAUUAUCAAAGGGAGGGAAAAAUCAUGAAACUUAUGGACUAGAAUUGUCAGAGCCCCUGGUGACAUUUGCUCUAUCCUGUGGAACUUGGUCCUCUCCUGCUGUGAGAAUUUACACAGCAUCUCAGGUUGAGAACGAACUUGAAAUGGCCAAAAAGGAAUACUUACAGGCUGCAGUUGGAAUUUCGACAUCAAAGUUCCUUAUCCCGAAGUUGCUGGAUUGGUAUUUACUGGACUUUGCAAAAGACUUGGAAUCAUUGCUGGAUUGGAUUUGCCUCCAAUUACCAAGUGAUGUGGGGAAAGAAGCCAUUAAGCUCAUUGAGGAAAGAAAAACCGAGCCCCUCUCACAAUUUGUACAGAUUAUGACACAUGAGUUCAAUUUUAGAUACUUGUUGUGUACAUAGUUUUGCUUCUGUUUUCUGUAAGGUUUUAUUGGUUCUGUGGAUACAAUUAGUGAACAGCUCUAGAUCAUACAUGUGAGAAUAAUGUAAAUGCCAUUUGUUAUUUUCUCA